UAGCGCGCCGUAGCUUUGUCUAUCUUUACCCAGCUUCUUUCUCCGGUCCGCCCUAAACUCCUUUGGCAAGAGACCCCAUCCCGACCACGGUUCGUUCUUCCCCCUCCAAGAUGGAGGCCUUAGGGGGCUACCCUGCCAAGUCCUCCAACCCGAAAGCGAAGAAGUUAACGGUGCUGCUGAGCAUGACAGUCGGUGUGGGGUGUUUGUUCCUCCUGCAGACUCAGCUGGUGAAGCCGAGGAAACCUGCGGAUUUUUACUCCUUCGAGGUCAAAGACGCGAAGGGGAGGACGGUGUCUCUGGAGAAGUACCGAGGAAAAGCGUCUUUGGUUGUAAACGUGGCGAGUCACUGCGAGCAGACUGAGGCGAACUACAGGUCUCUGCAGGAGCUCCACCGAGAGCUGGGCACCUCUCACUUCAACGUCCUGGCCUUUCCCUGCGGUCAGUUCGGAGACACAGAGACCGGGACCAGCCGGGACAUCGAGGCUUUCGCCAAGUCCACCUAUGGCGUCACCUUCCCCUUCUUCAGCAGGAUCAAAAUAAUGGGCUCAGAGGCUGACCCUGCCUUCAGAUUCCUCACAGAUUCUGUGAAGAAAAUCCCAAAGUGGAACUUCUGGAAGUUUUUGGUGAAUCCAGAGGGUAAAGUGGUCCGGUUCUGGCGAACGGACGAGCCUAUGGAGAGCGUUCGACAAGAGGCCACAGCGUUGGUGCGAGAAAUCAUCCUGAAAAAACGGGUAGAGCUAUGAUGGAGCUUAUCGAUGGAUACUAGACACAUCUUUGUGUGACGCCGGUGUUUCCUGUUUCCAAAAGAAAGACCGGACUCUGAACUGUUACAGCGAGUGUGGUUUGGUGGUGUCUCGCUCCAGAAACGUGCAGGAUGGAAAAGGUCAUUCAAGGCUAGUCAGAUUGUGUGUGCAUUUGUGAGAGCAUGUGUUUGUUUGUAUGGGGACCAUCCUGUGGUUAAUGAUGACAAUUAUGAUGAACAUUCCUGAUAAUGACCACUGCUGCAGCGGAAGGAUUGUUUAACCAUUGAAGUGUUGCAUUUUACAAAUGUUCUGUUUGGCCUAGUCUGUACUUUAUACCAUCUAUUUCUAAUGUUUACAUUAAAAUGUAUUUCUUAAGGUG